AUGAUUCCCUUCCCACUAGCCCUUAAUGUCGGCACGGACAUCGUCCACCUCCCUCGAAUAACCGCCCUCCUCACCCGUCGCGGGAAUUACCUAUCCCGCUUCACGCGCCGCAUCCUCUGCGACCAAGAACAGCGCGACUUCCACAAGCGCUUCAAAGACUCCCUUGCCCUCCAAUCGCAAUCCAAGCCUCCAAAUUCUACGCACUCACCACCCAUAACAGCUGACAUGACACGCUGGCUCGCGGGUCGAUUCGCCGCGAAAGAGGCAGCGCGCAAAGCUGCACCGGGUGGAGCUGCUUCGAUUGGAUGGAAGGAUGUCAUGAUUCGGGUUCAGGAGGAGUCGGAUAUGAAUUCCAGUGUACAUGCUGAUGCGAUAAAGGCCGCAGAAGCCGAGGGGGUUAGUCGGAGGCCGGAGAUUGUGUAUUUGGGGAUAAAGGAUGAUGGGAGUGAUAGUCGGGUUGGGCGGCUUUCUAUUUCUCACGAUGGGGACUAUGUUACUGCGACUGUUCUGGCGGCGGGUUGA